AUGUUACUAGAAUCCAUGUACACGUCGAGUCUAGCCGUCACAUACGAAAACAUCGAUGAACUCUUGAACGCAGCACUGUAUCUAAGAAUACAAACAGCGUUGGACUCGUGCACGAACUUCUUACUCGAGAACCUGACAUCGGAAACAUGUCUUCGGACUUUGUCUGUUGCUAUUUCUUUCGACAUGGAAGAUAUAUUUGAGAGGGCGUGUCAGCAGGUAGCAAGCCACUUCGUAGAGCUAUCAAUCACUGAUGAAUUCUUAGAUCUGUCAGAAGAGACAUUACUUUGUCUGGUAUCAAGGGAUGAUCUCCACGUAGAUGAUGAAUUGGAGGUUUUUCAUGCAUGCACUCGUUGGCUAGAACACGACCUCGAUAGUAGAUUACCUUAUCUAGUACAACUGUUACGUCGAGUCCGACUUCCAAUGAUCACCCCGUCGGAGAUCGUCGACUUCGUGGAGAGUGUACCGUACAUCAUGCGAAACCCUCAAUGCGAGUCGUUGGUGAAAGACGCGCUCCACUACCACUGCCUUCCUUAUCGACAGAGUGUGCUCCAAUCAUCUCGAACUGUUCCGAGGUCGUCUCUUCAUAUCACCACGCCCAUCGCCCUUGGGGGCCAACCUCGACGAACCAAAGAGCCUGUUGGUUGUGACGUCAUGUUUUAUAAGCAGGCGUCCAAGGAAUGGGUGACACUUACCGAGAUGGAACAUCCCAGACACCAUCAUGCAGCCGCUACGUUAGGUGGUUUUCUAUACAUAGCUGGUGGAAGAGAAACAACAUCUGCGGGGAGUCCUCUUCGCUCUACCCAUCGUUACGAUCCACGUAUCAAUGCCUGGCUUCAUGUAGCCGAUAUGAUUGAUGGCAGAGAGAGCUUUCAGCUUGGGGUCCUCAACGGAAAGAUAUACGCCGUUGGGGGUAGGGUUGACGACAAGACCUCGCUAUCGGCCGUAGAACGCUAUGAUCCAUGUCGAGAUGUAUGGGAAGCUGUCGAAAGCCUGGGUGAUCCUAGAAGAUGUGUGGCAGUAGCAGCUCACAGUAAUCGCCUUUACGCCAUGGGUGGAUCAGGAAAUCAAAAGAUUUCAAGCAAAGUGGAAUAUUUCGAUGACGACAAAGACGAAUGGCAAGCGUGUAAAUGUCUACGCAUCCCUCGUUUCUUUUCCAUACUCUUACCACACGGUGACUACCUAUACCUCGCCGGUGGAGCUACUGCUGAUAGCACAGGAACAGUCAGAUGCAUCCCUCAUAUUGAGCAGUAUAACCCCAGAAAGGACACUUGGAUUCAAUUAUCACCCAUGGCGACACCGCGGGCAGAAAUGGCAGGGAGCGUCGUAAAUGGAAUGAUCUAUUUGAUUGGAGGGUAUAACUGGGAAAGCAAAUCAUGGCUUCACUCCGUUGAAAAGUAUAAUAUCGAAGAGGACGACUGGGAAUCGUUUAAAGAUUAUCCCAAGGCGUCUACUGGUAUCGCUGGCUGUGCUUUGACAUUGUACAGCAUGCCGCCAUGA